CCCGUGCUGGACUUGGGGGAGCCGAGCGGAGGCGGCGGCGGUAGCGGAGCUCCAUCCGUCCUUCUGGGGGAGCGGGACGGGGGCCGGCGCCGGUGAAGACGGCGACGGCGACGGCGACGGCAGCGACCGCCUCCUCCGCCCACGCCGCCUCCGCAGCGGCAGCAGCAGCAGCAGCAGCAGCAGCCUCCGGGGCUCCCCGGCCCGAAUCCUCCUGCGGAGCCUUGGGGUCCGCGGGUGGCCGAUGAUGGAGCCGGGGGCGCCGCAGCUCGCGGCCCCCGCCGUGGGGCGAGUCCGGACCGGCGGGGGCGGGGGCGCCUCCUCCUGGCUGUUGGAUGCCCCCAGCUGGCUGCUUGGCUACGGAUUUGUCUACCUGGUGCUCUACGCCCAGGUGUCCCAGUCCAAGCCGUGCGACAGGAGCUCCUCCUGCUUCUCGGGCCGCUGUGUCAACGCCACCUGCCUCUGCGACCAGGGCUGGGUAGGGGACCAGUGUCAGCACUGCCAGGGCAGGUUCAAGUUAACAGAGCCCUCUGGAUAUUUAACAGAUGGACCAAUUAACUAUAAAUACAAAACUAAAUGUACAUGGCUAAUUGAAGGCUAUCCAAAUGCAGUCUUAAGAUUAAGAUUCAAUCAUUUUGCUACAGAAUGUAGUUGGGACCAUAUGUAUGUUUAUGAUGGAGAUUCAAUAUAUGCACCUUUAAUAGCUGUGCUUAGUGGCCUGAUAGUCCCUGAAGUACGGGGGAAUGAAACAGUACCUGAAGUUGUUACUACAUCUGGCUAUGCACUGCUCCACUUUUUUAGUGAUGCUGCAUAUAACCUAACUGGUUUCAAUAUUUUUUAUUCAAUUAAUUCCUGUCCUAACAAUUGCUCUGGGCAUGGGAAAUGCACAACCAGUGUUUCUAUUCCAAGCCGGGUAUAUUGUGAGUGUGACAAAUAUUGGAAAGGUGAAGCAUGUGAUAUCCCUUACUGUAAAGCUAAUUGUGGCAGUCCAGAUCAUGGGUAUUGUGAUCUAACAGGAGAAAAAUUAUGUGUCUGCAAUGAUAGCUGGCAAGGUCCUGAUUGUUCUUUGAAUGUACCUUCCACGGAGUCCUACUGGAUUCUUCCAAAUGUAAAACCAUUCAGUCCUUCUGUUGGUCGGGCUUCACAUAAGGCAGUUUUACAUGGAAAAUUUAUGUGGGUGAUUGGUGGAUAUACUUUUAACUACAGUUCUUUUCAAAUGGUCUUAAAUUACAAUUUAGAAAGCAGCAUAUGGAAUGUGGCACCAAUAUCAAGAGGACCACUUCAGAGAUAUGGACAUUCACUUGCUUUAUAUCAGGAAAAUAUCUUCAUGUAUGGAGGCAAAAUUGAAACAAAUAAUGGCAAUGUCACAGAUGAAUUGUGGGUUUUCAACAUACAUAGUCAGUCAUGGAGUACAAAAACCCCCACUGUCCUUGGACACGGUCAGCAGUAUGCUGUGGAGGGACACUCAGCACAUAUUAUGGAACUGGAUAGUAGAGAUGUUGUCAUGAUCAUAAUUUUUGGAUACUCGGCAGUAUAUGGUUAUACAAGCAGCAUACAGGAAUACCAUAUCUUAUCUAAUACAUGGCUUGUUCCAGAAACAAAAGGAGCAAUUGUGCAAGGUGGAUAUGGCCACACAAGUGUGUAUGAUGAAAUGACAAAAUCCAUUUAUGUACAUGGAGGUUAUAAAGCUUUACCAGGCAACAAAUAUGGACUAGUAGAUGACCUUUAUAGAUAUGAAGUUAAUACCAAGAUAUGGACUAUUUUGAAAGAAAGUGGGUUUGCCAGAUAUCUUCAUUCAGCUGUCCUAAUCAAUGGAGCUAUGCUCAUUUUUGGAGGAAACACCCAUAAUGAUACCUCCUUGAGUAAUGGUGCAAAAUGCUUUUCUGCUGAUUUCCUGGCAUACGAUAUAGCUUGUGAUGAAUGGAAAAUUUUACCGAAACCCAAUCUUCAUAGAGAUGUCAACAGAUUUGGUCACUCAGCAGUCGUUGUUAAUGGGUCUAUGUAUAUAUUUGGGGGAUUUUCUAGUGUCCUCCUUAAUGAUAUCUUAGUGUAUAAGCCUCCAAAUUGCAAGGCUUUCAGAGAUGAAGAACUUUGUAAAAAUGCUGGUCCAGGGAUAAAAUGUCUUUGGAACAAGAAUAACUGUGAAUCAUGGGAAGCUGGACAUCAUAAUAAUAUUCUCAGAGCAAAAUGCUCUGCCAAAACUGUUGCCACUGAUGACAGAUGUUACAGAUAUGCAGAUUGUGCCAGCUGUACUGCUAAUACAAAUGGGUGCCAGUGGUGUGAUGACAAGAAGUGCAUUUCAGCAAACAGUAACUGCAGUAUGUCAGUCAAAAACUUCACCAAAUGCCAUGUCAAAAAUGAACAGAUCUGUAAUAAACUGACCAGCUGUAAGAGUUGUUCUUUAAACUUGAACUGCCAGUGGGAUCAACGACAGCAAGAAUGCCAGGCUUUACCAGCUCAUCUUUGUGGAGAGGGAUGGAAUCAUAUUGGAGAUGCAUGCCUUCGGAUAAAUUCCAGCAAAGAAAACUAUGACAAUGCUAAACUUUAUUGCUACAGCCUGAAUGGAAAUCUUGCUUCACUAACAAGCUCAAAAGAAGUAGAAUUUGUUUUGGAUGAAAUACAAAAGUAUACACAACAGAAAGUAUCUCCUUGGGUAGGUUUGCGCAAGAUUAACAUAUCCUACUGGGGAUGGGAAGACAUGUCCCCUUUCACAAAUACAACCCUACAGUGGCUUCCUGGUGAACCAAAUGACUCUGGAUUUUGUGCAUAUCUAGAAAGAGCUGAAGUAGCAGGCCUAAAAGCUAACCCUUGCACAUCUGUGGCAGAUGGACUUGUCUGUGAAAAGCCUGUUGUUAGUCCCAACCAAAAUGCAAGACCUUGUAAAAAGCCAUGUUCUUUAAGGACAACAUGUUCUAACUGCACAAGCAAUGGCAUGGAAUGUAUGUGGUGCAGCAGCACAAAACGAUGUGUUGACUCAAAUGCCUAUAUAAUCUCUUUUCCAUAUGGGCAGUGCCUGGAAUGGCAAACUGCCACUUGUUCCCCUCAGAAUUGUUCUGGAUUAAGAACAUGUGGACAGUGUUUAGAACAACCUGGGUGUGGUUGGUGCAAUGAUCCUAGUAACACUGGGAAAGGACACUGCAUCGAAGGCUCUUCAAGGGGACCUAUGAAAGUUAUUGGGAUGCAUACUAAUGAGAUGAUUCUUGACACAAGUCUUUGUCCGAAAGAGAAAAGUUAUGAAUGGUCUUUUAUCUAUUGCCCAGCUUGCCAGUGUAAUGGACACAGCACUUGCAUCAACAAUAAUGUUUGUGAGCAAUGUAAAAACCUUACUACAGGGAAGCAAUGUCAGGACUGUAUGCCAGGAUACUAUGGAGAUCCAACCAAUGGAGGACAGUGUACAGCUUGCACAUGCAGUGGUCAUGCAAAUAUUUGUCAUAUGCACACAGGAAAAUGUUUCUGUACAACUAAAGGAAUAAAAGGAGAUCAGUGCCAGUUAUGUGAUUCUGAAAAUCGUUAUGUUGGUAACCCACUCAGAGGAACAUGUUACUAUAGCCUUUUGAUUGACUACCAGUUUACCUUCAGUUUGUUACAGGAAGAUGAUCGCCAUCAUACCGCCAUAAACUUCAUAGCAAAUCCAGAACAAUCAAACAAAAAUUUGGAUAUUUCCAUUAAUGCAUCAAACAACUUUAAUCUCAACAUUACGUGGUCCAUUAGUUCAACAGCUGGAACAAUAUCGGGAGAGGAAAUUCUGCUAAUUCACAGAGUUAAAAUAAAGGAAUUCAGAGAUAGUUUUUCCUGUGAAAAAUUUAAUUUCAGAGGCAAUCCUAACAUUACAUUCUAUGUCUAUGUCAGCAACUUUUCUUGGCCAAUUAAAAUACAGAUUGCAUUCUCACAACACAAUACUAUCAUGGAUCUUGUGCAAUUCUUUGUCACCUUCUUCAGUUGUUUCUUAUCCCUCCUACUGGUAGCUGCUGUUGUCUGGAAGAUCAAACAAACUUGUUGGGCAUCUCGACGGAGAGAGCAACUGCUUCGAGAAAGACAGCAGAUGGCCAGCCGCCCCUUUGCUUCUGUUGACGUAGCAGUGGAAGUGGGAACUGAACAGACCGACUUUCUACGAGGGACAUUAGAGGGUGCACCCAAACCAAUUGCCAUAGAACCAUGUGCAGGAAACAAAGCAGCAGUUCUGACUGUGUUUCUCUGUCUUCCAAGAGGACCAUCAGGUGUCCCACCCCCUGGUCAAUCAGGUCUUGCAAUUGCGAGUGCUCUCAUAGACAUUUCACAACAGAAGCCAGCAGAUAGUAAAGAUAAAUCUUCAGGCGUUCGAAAUCGAAAGCAUCACCUUUCUACACGUCAAGGAACUUGUGUCUGAGGUCCAGAAACUGCACUUGUAUAGUCUGUGUUAUUGUUCUUUUCAAAUGGCUUCCAUUGCAAGCUAUCCCACAGCCUCAGUUUUAAUGGAGGCAAAAAUCACUGAUCACAAGUUCCAAGCCCUGGUCCUUUCGUAUGUGCACUCAGCUGCACUCCAAACCAGAACAUUUUGUGGACCCAAACACGGACAUGAAAUAAUCUUUUAUAAGAGCAACAGAAUUGAAGUUCACAAACAAGCAUCCAUUUUUACGAUAACCUUAAGCAUAUCAGAGAUACAUUUGCAUCAAUCAUGGAAAAAAAAAGCUCUAUGUAGAUUACUCCCCUGACAAGGAUAGGGGAUAAGUAUCAUUCUUUGGGGAGGGAGGGGAAAGGAAUUGUUAUAAAACUGAAACAAAAAAUUGUUUUUGAUUCCUGGAUGGUCAAAAUUAUACCAUUUUCUUCAUAAAAGUGAAUUUAGACUAACCAAACAUAAUCAACAAUUGAACCCAUUGCUAUGGAUUUAGAUAUUGUUUUAUCUCACUAUCAAUGUGAGAGCAAAUCACUAAGUCAAUAGAAUGUAGAUAUUACAUUAAACUCUUUUAUAGGACCAUAUUAUGUCAGAAAACAGUCUGGAAACAGGAAGAUUAUUUAUCCAACUGGAAAGCAGACUCAGCUGAGCCAGGUUUGGUGGAGAUCGUGUGCCCUUCCAUAAGAGGCUUAUUAGAAUUCUGAGUGAAGAGAACAUUCCUGCCUUCCAUGCCAACUGACUAACUCAUUAUCAGAGCUGAUAGAGCAUGGAAAAGCCUGUCCAGCAAUCAAUUUCUCUCUUCUUUCCAAAAACAGCCUCCAAUAUUUCAAACCUAAAGAGAGUAUAAAUUGUUAUUUUACAAGUAUAUAAGCUUCUGUUCCAGUAUGGAAAUAUUUUAAUUGCCUAAGAAUCAUUGCCUCACACCAAAAAUGACCUACCUGCAGUUUUGCCAAAACUAUAAUCUUUAUUUGGUGUUCCUCUCCUGGUUACUGAAUUUUGUUUUGUCUGUACCUUCCACAAAUGUAAUUAUAUUUUAAAGUUGACACUUCCCAAUUUACAGUGUGACCUCAGCUUCACAAUCAAACUGUUUCACUUAGAAAAUGAUUGAAGAAGAACAUUUGGUCGCCAAUGCCAACAGCAUUCUUGCCUCUAAACAUGAGACCAAGAUACUGAUGGGCCUCCAUGACCAGAGUACUGACCUAGAGCUAACAACUCCUUAAGGAGCCACGCUUACUGUAUUCUCAAGGACUGAAACAUCUCAAGCAAGACGAAAAGAAAAAGGAUUUUACACUACACAAGUUGAACUGGAUCUUAUUCUUAUGUGGCUGAUAGCAGUUGAUUCAAGCUAAGUACUUUUCCAAGAGCUUGAUUGGAAUUGCAAUUUCUUAACUAAAUGUGAAGAACAGCAGCAGAGGGGUCCAAGCCUCUUAUAAAUGACAAUUUUACUAAAGAAGAAAAGAUUUUAAAUUAUAAUUGAUGUUCAAUACUUGAUCUGUAUUUUCCAUUUUCUUUUAAUUUCAAGGAGGUAAUGACAUUUUGCUGUUUCCAAUUGACUGCAUAGUUACUUGCAUGCUAUGGUGGUACACUAGCAGAAUAAGACCCUCUUAUGAAUUUCUGUAUUUAUUUCAUGCCAUUUAUGACAUAGAAAUUUGGCUUAAUUUUUAUGAGGACUGAAUGUAUAAAUAUAUCAGAAAUGAUCAUAUAAUACAUAGUUACAUCUUACACAGGACUGUUAGAUUGUAUCUAGCCAUGACUCACUGUUUUUAUAAUUAAGCAUUUAUGGAUUAUGAAUAAUAUGUAUCCCUUAUGUUGGCAUGACAGCUCAAGUAUUUUUCAUGCAUCAAAAUAAGAUUCAUCCUUAGAAUAAUCCCAUCAAUAUCCUGUGAUUUUUUUUAAUGAUUAUUUUGAACUCCUUCCAUCAUUCCACAUCUAGACUUAUUUUUUAAACUUUUGCUGGAAACAAUCAUUUAGUGUUACUAUCUUAGAAACAUUUAAACAUAUUUUCUUUGAUGUUUUAAAUGAAGAUUUGCUCAAGGAAAAGAUAAAUAGACAUAACCAAUGAUGACAAAAAUAAUCAUUUAAAAAUUGAACUAUUUCACUGCACUGUUUGUUUCAUUCUGUUUAAUAGCAAAGAUACAGUUUUGUAGGUUUCAGAGGAGAUCUGACCUAACUGUGUGUGUUAGGAGAUGGUAAGAUCAUGGCAUUUCCUUGAGAGAAAGAUAUUCUCAUCUACCUGAAAUCCAACUUGGUUCACAUAACUUGAAAAUGUGAACUUUUCAAGAUUAUAAUUUAUAUGACAAUGGUUAAGACUGACAAGCAUCAGAUAUUUUAAUAGGUUGAUUAAAGCCAUACUGCAUAUCUUAUAUUGUGGUCACAAUGAUACUUUUAUUAUGCAACAUUCUCAUAACAUGUCAAAGAGUUCUCUAAUAACAGAACUCUGCAUCCUCAGUUAUGUGCAUUUAAAAAGACUCUAAGCAUGACCGGUAGCUCUCUGUCUGUGGCAUGAGUGUUUUGCUUGUUUAUCAGACCCAAUGCUAGGCUACUGAAAAUAUGCAAUUGAUAGGGACAAAAUUUAACAGCCUUAAAUUAUUGGUUUUCUAAGCAGCACAUGCCCUAGAUAGUUGUAAAUCAUAUUAAUAUUGCUCUAGUUUGUAGAUUUUUGUGAUUUUCAGAUGUUUAAAAGUAUCAAUUAUCUAAAUACAAUAAAAUAGUCAAAAUUAACCUGGAAGAACUAUUUGAGAAGAAUCUAAGAAUUCUUGUAUAUGGGAUAAAUGUGCCUCCAGAUGGAUUUGCUAGGUUUUUAAAUAACCAGGACUUUUAAAGUUGGCUUAAAUCAAAACCUAGUUCUAUAACCACUGAAUGAUGUUCAGAUACUUGUUCACCCAUUUCCUGCAACAUGCAUUCUAAAUUAAUGCAUUGAUUUCUUGUCAAAAGUUAUUUUUCCUUGAUA